AUGGCUACAAAUAAUGCAUUUCAUCGAUUUAUACAAAUUGAAUGGGAAGAUAAAAAGGUUUUACCAAUCGAUGGAUUAAAAACAAAUGAAGAUCUCCUAAGAAUAACACAAGCUCUCCAACAAGGAGUUGGUCAAUAUCCAAAUAAAAGUAAGAUCUUUCUUGUAGAGCUAGAAGAAAUAGCUGACAAAAAGCAAGAAAAAAUUGCACAAGUUGCUCCGCAACCGCAGGCUUCAUCAAACAUCAAUUAUCCUAAUUCAUCCUCAGCAAACUCAAAUUAUCAUGCUGAUCAAACUUCUUUUUCAAGAAAACCUACCGAUAAGUAUAACGAAAUUACACCUUCACCGAAAUCAAAGUAUGAUGAUUAUCAAGAUGUCACAGAUGAACGUUCGAAGCUACAAGAAACAAUUGUGAAAAAGCAUGACGAAGUCGCACAAGUUACUUCAAAAUCAGAGACUUCAUUAUAUGCCAAUCGUAACAGUUCAUCUUCAUCUGUAUCGAAACAUGAAACCAAUCAAAUUCCUUCAACAAGAUCAGCAGAUAACUAUCAUGAAACUAAAUCCUCAUCAAAAUCAAAGCAUGAUGAUAAUCAAAAUGACGUAGAUACCAGUUCUGGUGACAUCUGCACUUUGAUUAUUCGUCUCACUGAUGUUGAUUGUGAAAAUAAGGCAUCAAAAUCUAUCGAAGGUUAUCAAAAUAAGAGUAUUGCAACACUGGAAGAAGCUCUCAAUCCCAUAAAAAACAUUAUUCCUCAGUUGGAUGAUUAUAUACGACGUGCUAAAAAACGCGCUCAUACGACUUCUUCAAAUGUCCUUACUGUUGAUGAAUCGGCAGCUAUAUAUUUAUACACUAUGCAGUUGAAUGAUCAAUGUUUCAGUCGUAUGCUUAACCGAGCAUUACGAUGUGAAGAUCAAACUGAUCUCAAGAAGUAUUGGUUUAGCUAUCUUGGACUAAUUUGUUCAGCACUUACCAAAUUACCUUCUGUCAAAGGGCAUGUUUAUCAAGGUGUAACUAGUAAAACUGAGAAAAAAUAUCCAAAGAAUGAAAUAAUUACUUGGUGGGGUAUCACAUCGUGCACACAAACGCCAGAUAAUAUCGUUUCUUCGCUGUCGGACGAAAAGUUGACUCUAUUAAAUAUUAAAAUUCUCAAUGGUAAAGAUAUAUCGGCAUAUUCAUGUAAUAGCAAUGAAACUGAGAUCAUCCUGUUACCGGGUACUCGUCUACGUGUGAAUGAUAUGUUAUAUAAUACUAAUUUUAACAUUGACGAGAUUGAUUUGGAAGAAAUAGAUGAUGAAACACUUCAAUCAGAGACUAUACGACAAAAAACUAAACAUCGUAUUUCAAAAGAUGGAUCUUUCGGUUUUGGAUUGGCAAGGUCAUCGCAUCAAUCAUGCACUUUCAAAACGGACAAAACUUGGCUAGAAUGUCGAUUCAAAGAUAGAGAAGGUACAACAAUUCUCAAACCCGAUGAAUGCGAAGAAUACCUUACUGAUCCUCCAGAAAAAAUCGACAAACACAUUCUGGAUCGUAUUAAGGGCUCGAUGUUUGGUUUAGUUUUGGGAGAUGCUUUGGGUGCUCAUGUCGAAUUUAGGCCCCACAGCUAUAUGCUUGCUAACCAAGUUACUGAUCUACGAGGUGGAGGAACAUGGGGCCUCGAGAAAGGACAGUUUACAGACGACGGAUCGAUGGCUCUUUGCUUAGCGAAUUCAUUAGUGGCUCGUCGUGGUUUUGAACCUUAUGAUCAAUUAGUUCGCUAUAAAUGGUGGUUUAGACAUGGAUACAUGUCAUCGACAGGAAACUGUUUUGAUAUUGGUGAAAGUACUAGAAAAGCACUUCGUACAUUUGAAGAUCGACAAAAAGAGUUCGCUGAAAAGUAUAAUAUUCCAUUAGAAGAAAUCGAUUUUCUAUCGGAUAAGCAACUUCUCAAAGAUUUUCCUAUGUACUGCAGCUCAGAUGGAGCAGCUGGUAAUGGUGUACUUAUGCGUUUGGCACCUGUGCCUCUAUUUUUCUACCGAAGUCCAGAAGUUGCUGUUAGAUUCUCUGGAAUCAGUGGUGAAAUUACUCACGGAGAUAAGAAAGCCGUUGAUGCAUGUCGUUAUUAUGGAGCUCUUAUUGUAGCCACUAUGGGCAAUAUAGAUAAAAAUAAACUUCUCAGUGAAGAAUAUUAUUCAUCCAAGAUUAAGGAAUUGUUUCGAAACGAUCCUUUAGAUGUGGAAAUUGCAAACAUUGCCAAAGGAUCAUUCAAGAAGGAAAAAGGGUAUGAUGCUGGAAUACGAGGUAAAGGUUACGUUGUUAAUUCUCUUGAAGCUGCAUUAUGGGCUUUUUGGAGUACUCACUCGUUUGAGGAAGGUGCUCGAGCAGCAGUAAAUCUUGGUGACGAUACUGAUACAACGGCAGCUAUUUAUGGUCAGUUAGCUGGUGCGCACUACGGCUAUGAGAAAUUACCGCAAGAAUGGGUCAAUUGUGUCUAUUCCAAGCGCUUCAUUGAAUGCUUGUGCAAAUGGAUUGCUUAUGAAGGAAGUCAACUAGGCUUCAAUAAUUAA